CACACGGGCUUCUUUCAAGGGGACUCCUGGGUGCACCGCUGUUAUGCUUCCCCGUCCCGACGGCGCGCGCAGACGCAAGAAGAGGAGGGCAGGAGGGUCUGGUGGUGCUUCCCCGACUCCUUCUCUGGCCCCGGCCGGCAUGUCCGCCCUGUGCGAUCCCCCGGGGGUGGCGGGGCCUCCAGGGGCCGCCCCCAGCCCCAAACCGGCACUCCCAGCAGCGCCCCCCUCGCUCAGUUCCCAAGAGCUGGCCCAGGAGAUUAAGGCUUUCCUUAGCGGCGUGGACCCCGUGCAUGGGAACAAGCUGACCAUGAAGGAGCACGCCCGCUGUGCCAUGGUGCUGCUGCGCAGCCUGCCCCCGGCCCGCAGUGCUGUCCUGGACCACCUCCGGGGCGUCUUUGACGAAUGCGUGUGCAGCUACCUGUUGGAGCUGGAGAGCGGUGAGGGCGGGCUGGGCUCCCUACGCUCCCAGGGCCCCAGCCUGGAUGAUGUGGUGCAGGAGAUCCAGGCAGUUCUCUCCGGAUUUGUCCGCAUGAACCCCAAGGCGUGGGCAGGCCUGGUCUCGGCCUGGUCCAUCGACCUGAUGGGGCAGCUGAGCAGCAAAUACGCCGGACGGCACGGGGUGCCUCACGCCAGCAGCCUCAACGAGCUGCUGCAGCUGUGGAUGUCCUGCAAGGCGACCCGGACACUGAUGGAGAUCUACACGCAGUGCCUCUCUUCCAUGAUCAGCACCUGCCCGGAUGCCUGCGUGGACGCCCUCCUGGAUACCUCCGUCCAGCACUCGCCGCACUUCGACUGGGUGGUGGCCCACAUCGGCUCUUCCUUCCCCAACACCAUCAUCAGCCGGGUCCUCUCCUGCGGGCUGAAGGACUUCUGCAUGCACGGGACAGCCUCGGCCGACCUCCUUCUCUUCCCCAGUGCUGCCGCCGCCGACAAGCGGGUGCCCAAGAUUGCCUCGGUGGUGGGCAUCCUGGGCCACUUGGCCUCGCGCCACUCGGAGAGCAUCAAGCAGGAACUCCUGCGGAUGUUCCACGGCAGCCUGGGCCCUGCGCGUGGCGGGGCAGGGGGGGAGCAGCAGCAGCAGCAGCAGAAAGCCACGGUGCCCUUCUUGCUGCAGCUGGCGGUCAUGUCUCCCGCCCUGCUGGGCACCAUCUCGGCCGAGCUGGUGGACUCCCUCAAGCCGGGCGUCCUUAACCAGCUGCACCAGCACUUUGCGGCCCUGCCCCGGGAGGAGCUGGAGAACGUGGUCAGCAUCGUGGUGCACCUCAUCUGCCAGACGGCGGGCGGUGCCUACCGCACCCUGCAGUUCCUGGUCAACACGGCCAUGCCGGCCUCCGUCAUCACCACCCCGGGGCUGGCUGUCCACGACAGCGUCCGCGAGGCCUGUGACCGCGUCAUCCAGCUGCUGCUUCUCAACCUCCAGAAGCUGGUGUACAACCGGGGGGCGGCCAGCCUGGCAGAGGCCCCGCCCCGGCCGGUGCCUUUCCUGGAUGAGCUGAAGGGCCGCGUGCGGGAGCUCUGUGUGGAGACGCUGCGGCUGGAGCGGAAGCGCUUCCUGUGGCAGCACCAGCUGCUGGUCCUGCUGUCCGUCUACUGCAGCCCCAGCUGUGCCAGCGAGGCCCUCUGCUGCCUGCUGACCCUGGCCAAGAGCCAGGAGGAGCUCAGCCUGGCCACCCAGCUCUACGCCGUGCUCAGCUCCUGCAUGAGUGACCUGCUGCCGGCCACUGUUCAGACGUGUGUGUGCCAGAUCCACGCCGGGGGCCUCUCGGAGCAGCACACUGCCCAGCUGCUCCAGAACCUGGCCUUGGCCACGCAGUGGGAGGGCGAGGGCCCAGGUCCCGCCUCCGUGAGCCAGCAGCUCAGCCAGGCGGUCUCGGCGCACCUCUAUGACUUCGGCCAGCUCCUGCUGCACCGCCACCCCCAGGUGGCCCAGGCGGCCUCCCUGCUGCUCUCGGUCUGCCCCGCCCCCAGGGCCAUCCGCCCGGCCCACUUGUUCUUCCUUGUCCGCGCAGCCGUCCACCACUUCUUCCUGGUCCUGCGCUCCCAGAACCCCACCGGCAUCAGCUACGGGAGCCGCCUCCUCUGCUGCCUGAGCGGGGCGUCGCCCAUGGCCAGCAAGGCCAUCCUCCAGCACCUCGUGGAGGGCUCCUUGCACCCGGGCAAUGCUGAGCUCUUUGGCGGCUUGGUGGAGCCCCCCGCCGCUGGGAGCGAUGCCGGCCUGGAGGGGGCCCAGCUCUCCCUGCUGGACAUCAACCGGCGCUUUAUGGCCGCAGUGAACUUCUCAGGCAGUGUGUGGUCGGUGUUCCACGCCGGGGUGAUUGGGAGGGGCUUAAAGCCGCCCCACGCCCCCCACCAGCGGGAGCUGGAGGAGAUCUCACACAACAUCCAGCUCUUCCUGAGUCUGCUGCUGCGCUGCUGUGGGGCAGGGCCCUGUGGCCCGGAGGCCUCCCAGCGCGUAACCAUGGCGGUCAGCCCCGAGGCGGCCAAGACGGUGGCGGUGGUCCUGGUGGAGACGGUCUGCCCUGACGUCACCAACAGCGAGCUAACGUGGCCCCCCGAGGAGCACACCCGCAGCACGGUGGAGCGCGACAUCCAGGUGGGGCGGUCCUUCCGCGACAACCCCCUGCUCUUCCAGCUGCUGAGCCUGGUGGCGGCCGGGCGGCCGGCCCUCUGCUACUGCUCGGUGCUGCUCCGGGGCCUGCUGGCCACGCUGAUGGCCCACUGGGAGGCCUCGCGGGAGGGCGACACCACCAGCUCGCCCUGGCACCUGCAGGCCUCCUGUGCCCUGGUGGCCUGCAUGGGGGAAGGGCAGCUCCUCCCACCCGUCCUCAGCAACAUGCACGAGAUCUUUGACCAGCUGGCCCCCUUCGAGGUCCACCUCUUGCUCCUCAGCGUCUGGGACUACGUCCACGACAACAGCCCCCUGCCCCAGAAGUUCACCUUCGACGCCAGCACCGGCCUCUUCUUCCGGGACUUCUCCAGGGACACCGACGUCGGCAAAUACCUCUGUGUCCUGCACAGCGUCCUGCACAAGAACAUUGGCCGGCUGGGGCUGCUCUCUGGCCGGUUCCAGACCUAGCCGCUGCUUCCGGCCUCUUUCCUGGCCGCUGGGCAGGGUGGGGACACGCCUCCUUUUUAGAAACACAACGCCCACCUCGGGACCUCUUUGUAAACGAGCGAAAAGCCAUUGCAACCAGGUCCAGCUGGGCAGCAGAUGGCCGUCUUAAUUGCGGGUGGGGGGGACCCCAUUGCCCCUUCGGGGGGGUAGCAGUGGUGCCCCUCCUUGCAGCCCCCACCAAUCCAGCCUUGCUUAGAGAUUCCCCGGCUUGUUGACUGUGGUUUUGUUGGCAGCAGUGUGUCUAUGAAGGAAUUGCGGAGCCUUCGGUCAUGGGUAGCAAGGGGGAUUUUGCAGGGGUGGGGAGUGACUAUUGCAAAGGAGGAAGGGCGCUGGGGCAGUUUUACUUCAUGGCGUUGCAUUCUUUGGUCCAGCUCAAAGGCAGCUGGGAUCUAGCAUUAUCCUCACUGUUGUGCAUCAUGGGAAGUCAGCACUGGCAUCGACUGGCUUGGCCCCAUGUGAUGUGGCGUGUUAGGGGUGUUGGCCGUUUUCUGCACCCCUUUCUUCAGUUGGUUUAGGCCAGGCCUGCUCCACUUCGGUCCUCCUGCAGAUGUUGGCCUACAACUCCCAUAAUCCCUGGCUAUUAGCCUCUGUGGCUGGAGAUUAUGGGAGUUGUAGUCCAAAAACAGCUGGUGGCGGGGGGGCAGUUGAGCAGGCCUGGUUUAGGCCAUGAAGCAAGGCAUGUCUGUGGGUUGACUUCUCCUGGUGGGCAAUUGCUGGGCGCCGUGGAGAAUCCAAGCACAUUUGUGCAGAAACAUGUUCCCUCUUGUAGGAAGAAGGGUAAAUCUGGCGAUCCAAUUUCCCUCCAUUUUCUAAAAAUACAUUCUCCAGCAAGGAGGGCCGUGCUGUUUCAUGGGAAAGUAACAAUCUGAUAAGAUAAAAGUCACCCAUUGGGCUGACCUCCAUUGAUACAGAGGGCACAAACCUUUCCAGUUUUGUGGAGCUGAUGAAACGUCGCCCUGCUGAAGACUUCUGUGCAAUUUGGAAAGUGUGUGUGUACUUCUGGGCUACACAGAAUUCUGCAGCAGGCCGGAAUGACUCUGUUGGCUAGACAGCUUUGCCUUUCAGUAGGAUGGGGGCCCCAAUCGAUAUUGCCUCAUCUACUUUAGAUUAUUUUUCUGGCACUCAUGCCCUAGUUGCUGUCUAUACCAGACAGCUUCACUGCAGUUGGGACUGGCUAGCUUGGUUGGCCUCUGAGCUAGUGAGGUCAGCAGGCCAGUGCGCCCCCCGCCUUAGCCCCCUUUGAAAACGUGCUGCUCUGGCCUGGCAUUCUAGGAAUGCCGUCAGCUUCCCACCCACUCUGGUGCUACUGUGGGGCAGCAGCAGCAGCUUAGUCGAGCCCCAGAGCAAGCAGGGCUUUUCACCAUUUGGUCAAGCACAGUUCAGCCCAGAGCACGUGAGAGAGACCCUGCCUGUGCCAUGUCCGAGACCUCUUCUGCCUGGCCCCAAGACAGCCUUGGAGGAGCUGCUGCUGCUGCCGCCGCCCUAUCAGGGAAGAGCCACGUUCUCGGACCACCACGCUCCCUUCAUGGGGUGUGUGUGUGUGAGGGAGAGCAGCAAGGAGGGUGCUCAGAAGGGUCUUGGGCUCCAGCCGCUCUGGGCAGGCCUGAAGGGCUGCUCUUGCCUCAACAGAGCCUAGUCUUAGUAUUUUUUUUUUAACUACUUCCUUUUCUAAAUAAAAAGGUAAAGAAGCAA